AUGUGGCGUAAGACCAAGCGACUCCGCAACUUGAAUCGCAACCACCACCUCGCACACCGCGCAAUGAGACGAUCCGCACGACUUGCUUCUCGGAAGAACCCGGCUCGCCUUCAAAGCGCGUACGGUCACAAGGCUCCCGAUACACCACUUAGCCGCGAGUUAACGCGGCCGGUCAAUCCUCCGCCGCGCAAGCGGCAAAAGUCCGACAAUGAAGUCGAAGGCUCAACAUCAGCAUUGCACGAGUCCUUUCAGGCCUGCCCUUUGUACUCUCUACCUCUUGAUGUGCUAUACGAGGUACUCAGCUAUGUCGACCCCAUCUCUCUCCUCAACCUAUCCCGUACCUCAAAUCUCCUGCGUACGACACUGCUCAGCUCGCCGGCCCGCUGGGUGUGGAGGACUAGCUACACCGCCUCGGACCACGAUCUACCCCUGGCACCCGACGAUGUGACCAUCCCCCAAUUCCUCAGCCUCCUUGUCGACAGAAUAUGCGAUUUCUGCCACGCAACUUUGGGCCCGGACGACCGGAUGGUGAGAUUUUGGGCCGCGCGCCUGCGGAGCUGUACGAACUGUCUAUAUGAUACCGAUCACAUCGUCCGCGAAAAGGAGUUGGGUAUCUUCCCCAUCGUCAGGGAUGUCCGCCGGUAUUUUGGCGCAGCACAUCCUCUCCGCAAGUUGCUCCUGGCAUCCGAAGACCAUUACAGUUUCGAUGUCAAGUAUUCGCGCGUGACGAUCGAGCGCCUGGCGGAGGUGUUCAAGCGCGAGAAUAGGCGUAAGCUUAUGGCGGACAAGAAAGAGUGGCUCAAGCAGAGGGAGGCCGAACACGCAAAAAUCGUAGAGCACGCCGCACUUUGCAAAAAGUGGGAGGAGGGAGAGGAAGAGAAGAAGCGAAAGAGGAACUACGAAAUACAGAUGCAAAGGCUUGGACAGAUCUUCGAUCGAUUGAAGAACUUCGGGUGGUACGAAGAAGCGAAGGAGCUUCACAGCCGGUAUGAGCUGCGGUGCAAUGACUUCAUCGCGAAGCGUCAGCCCCUCACGGACGAAGAAUGGGCGGAUAAUCAGAACUCGGUGCUCCAGUACUUAACGGAACUCAAGGCCCGUCGGCAGACAGAGAUCAGGCGCGAAACAUUCAAAGAGCGAUAUCAACUACUCAAAGAAGUAUAUCAUUCUUUUGGCCGCAGGCCUCGCAAUAGCGAUUACAUCCGGCCGGGAGUCGGCGAUCUGGUCACCUUCGAGGAGGUCAAGGACUUUGUGGAGGGCACGCCUGUCGACCAGAACCUCGAGCGGCAGGACUACUGCGACAUGCUUGAAAGGAUCGAGCCCGUCCGCUUCCCCAAGUGGCAAGCCGCAUGUGAGGAAGCGCUUGUCGCCCUGCUCAACGCAAAGGACACGGAUCGUGCGACGCCGGCGACUACCGCGGAUCUCCGCACCGCGGCGGUGGUCUUCACGCACAAGGACCCCCACUACGUGGAUGUCGAAGUCCUCCAUUACCCGUUCAUGCUGCAACGGCGCCCGCGGAUGUACCCGUGCUAUGCCGAGGAUGACGACCCGCAGCGGCUCGUGGGCCAGUGGGCGUGGUCCGCCGACCGCGUCUACGUCGAGCCCGCGCGCCUGCGCGUCGCGGAGCGUCUUGUCUCCCUCGCGGGCCUCGACCCGCGGACAGCGACCUACAGUGACAUGCAGAUGCGGAACCCGUGGUACGCCAAUGCGCAGGACAUGCAGGAUCCCAAGGCGGGGCUACGCGUGAGGAUGUGGGAGAAGGCGGACGGUGGCUUGGCAGGUUCUCGCAAGCCCGACGGAGGUGACUCACACGUUGGUGACGUCCAUCACUUACACUUUGACCGCGACCAUCACAUCGACUCGCACUCUAUGAGAGAGUCUACGCAAAUGGCUAACACUACAGACGCAAAUUCGCGUGCGGAUCGUGUUGUCGGCAAGUCAAGAGGCAGCACGACACCCAAGCAAGGGAUAGGGCGAGAAAUUUGUCCGCCGCGGCGCAAGCGCCGGGAGAUAGGGGCAAGUGAAGGAGGGACAGCUUCAGAGCCGGAGCGUACUUCCUCCCUCCAGCAAAUGCCCCCCGACAUACUAUUCGAGAUACUUGGUCAUCUCGACCUGUUCUCUCUCUUCCAUCUAUCCCGCACCUCGAAAGAUUUCCGCAAUACUCUCAUAAGCCGCUCGACAAGGGGAAUCUGGAAGAAGUGCUACGCCGCCGCUCCGCGCGAGCUGCCACCCUUUCCGGAGGACGUGACCAUACCGCAGUUCCUCAGCUUCAUUGUCGACAAUAUUUGCGACUUCUGCCACGCGUCCGACCUGGAGGACCGCGACAUCAGGCGCGCGUGGGCCGUUCGGGUCCGAUGUUGCGAAAAGUGUAUUCAAGAGAGCGCUCACGUCCUACAUGGCGAGGCCGCGCUGCGCGAACUCAAGAUCAUCCGCGAUAUUCACCGCUAUUUCGGCCGCGACUACCGCCUCGACAAGUUGUUCCCCACCCUCUCUCCAGUUCGCCACCACAGCUUCGACGAAUGGUUCCCGCGUGCGCCGAUCGAGCGUUUGGCUGUCGAGUUCGAGCGAGACAACAAGCGCAAGCCGGUCGAAGUCAGGAAGCAAUGGCUGGAGCGGAGGGCUGCCGAGCACAUGAAAGUGCAGAAGUACGCCCGUAUAUGCGAAGAAUGGGAGCAGCAGACGCUGUGCAGGAAGAUCGAGCGGGAUAGACGGGUGCAGAGGGAAAGGCUGGACGAGAUAUUGAGACGGCUUUCCGCGCUCGGAUGGGGCAGCGAAGUACAGCACACCGGGAGCUGGCACUCCCUAUCCCAACACCCCUUCGCUGCGAAAGCGGAGCCCUUGACCGAAGAAGACUGGCUCGAGAAUCGCCAGGAACUGAUACAGUUCACGCAAAAGCUGCGAGAAAGCCGGCUAGCGGUCGAGCGGCGCAAGACCAUCGAAACGCGGUACCGUGAACUUAACGAGGUGUACAAGACGUAUCUAGCCCGCAUGACGCGCCGAGAGCAGUGGAGGCUCCCCGGCAUUGGCGAUCUGGUCUCCUGGCAGGAGGUCAGGGACUUUAUCGAGGGAACGCCCGUCGGGGAAGAGAUCACUCCGGCAGCUAUGCGCGCGAUGAUCGACCAGCUCGCGCAAUCGAAGUUCGCCGAGUGGAGGGCUUCGUGCGAGGAUGCGCUGGUCCGGAUGCUCAACGCGGAAGACACGACGCGCGCGCGCCCAGCGACCAAGGCAGACCUCAGACUCGCUGCAACCGUGUUCUGCCGAAAGCGCGACUACGGCGUCGCAUGCUACCCCGAAGCACUGCAUUCUCUCCGCCCAGGGUACUUCUCCCCGAGCGCAAAGAUGGACGACCCUUAUGUCAUCGUGCGCCAGUACGCGUGGUCGGCGGAGGACGUCUGCGUGAAGGUGGACAAGCUGCGCGCUGCUGAAGAGGUGGUCAGGCUGGCGGGGCUGGAUCCGCGGACGGCGACGCUAGAAGAUAUGGAUGCGCGCGAUUCGUGGUUCACGUGGGGGCGCGAGGUGCCCAAGGCGGGCGAGGUGCCCGACCGCAAGAAGGAAGUGGAGGUGCUGCCGUGGAGGAAAGCGAUGAGUCAGAGCAAGGACGGGAAGAAUAUCGUACUGCUGUCGGAGCAGCAAACGGCGCCUAUACGCCAAUUGAGAGAGCGGAUCUAUUGGUAUGAGGGCGGGUUGAUGAAGUGGUCGGAACUCAAUCGGAAGUCGAAACCGCGCAAGAAGCAAGGUCAGUCAGUCUGUAGCUAGUGUCUUACCUGUAGAAGUAAUGUGUACAGACGGCACGUCUUACAGCUUCCAGAAUCGAGGUCACGAACGUCGGUGGACCUCAUUCGUGUUGAUAUCGCAUAAGCC